AUGAACACUGGUUUAGACAUUAAUAAGACUUGGAAAAGAAUCAACGUUGAUCCAAAUGUUGAAUCAAAACCACUUCAUGUUCUUGUAACUGGAGCUGCUGGUCAAAUUGGAUAUAAUCUUCUUUUCUUAAUUGCCCAUGGUUUAAUGUUUGGUCCAAAUCAAACAGUUUAUUUACAUUUAUAUGAUAUUAUGGUUGAAGCUAUGGAAGGAGUAAAAAUGGAAUUAGCUGAUUGUUGUUUCCCACUUGUUAAAGGAGUUAUAGCUUCAAACAAGACUGAAGUAGCAUUUAAAGAUGUUGAAUGUGCUAUUUUAGUUGCAGGUAUGCCAAGAAAAGUAGGUAUGGAAAGAAAAGAAUUAAUUGGUAUUAAUACUAGAAUUAUGAAAGAACAAGCCCUUGCUCUUAAGAACUUUGCUAAUCCUCAUGUUAGAGUUUUAGUUGUUGCUAAUCCAGCUAAUACUAAUGCACUUGUAGUUGCUAAUAAUGCUGGAAUCAAUGUUAAACAAAUUACUUGUUUAACUCGACUUGAUCAAAAUAGAGCUAUUGCUCAAAUUGCAAAUAAAUUAAAUUGUAAGGUUGAAGAUGUUUCUGAUGCUUUUGUAUGGGGAAAUCAUUCAGAAAAACAAUGUCCAGAUAUUUCUCAUGCAGUUAUUCAAACACCAAAUGGACCAAAAAGAGUAGCUGAUCUUGUUGAUGAAAAUUGGUUAGAAUCUUUUAAUAAAACUGUUCAAGAAAGAGGAGCUAAAGUAAUUGAAAUGAGAAAGGCUUCAUCAGCUGCUUCAGCUGCCAAAGCUAUUGUUGAUCAUUUUAGAGAUUGGUGCCUUGGAACAAAUAAAGAAAAAAUUAUUUGCAUGGGAGUUUAUAGUGAAGGACAAUAUGGUAUUCCAAAAGGAAUAUUCUUUAGUAUGCCAGUUGUUUGUUAUGGAGGUGAGUAUCAUGUUGUAGAUGAUUUAGUACUUAGUGAAUCAACUAGAACAAUGUUGAAAAAUUCUGAAGAAGAAUUAUUAGAAGAAAAGAAAUUGGAGAUAGCAUAUGAAGAAAUUAAACAACAUUUCAAUGUUCACGAAUAA